AUGUCGCACGUCGUAGUUUUCAACUCGUACGCGAGGACUUUCAAAAUCCCGACAACACCCACCAAGUACUUGACUGAAGUCAGGGACGAGGCAUGCCAGAAGUUUGGCGUCAACAAGGAUCAGUUUACGCUCAAGUAUAACAAUAAGCCUAUUUCCCUAUCCCAGCAAAUACGGCUAGCGAACCUUCCCCAGGGAGCCCGAUUGGAGCUUGUCCAAGCAUCGCGAUCACCCACCGUUAUAUCCGUCGCGCUCCAGCUUCCCGCAAGCGAACAGAACAAACGCCUUACAAGCAAGUUUGCAAGCAACACUUCGUUAUGGGAGAUACUGCGACACUUCGAGAGUGGUCAGGGGGCCAACUAUAACUUCACACAGCGCGGUAUCCCUGAGAUGAGCGGCGCAUCUGGUGCUGGCAGGUUACACUACGAGCAACCCGUCAUAACGGUCAUGCCAGGCCACAAGGAGCAGUCCAACUUCGUCGAGCUACAACAGACUCUCAGCCAGCUGGGUUUCGAUAGUGGGUCGACCUUGCUAAAGCUGUCAUACAAGAACAGCGGCACCCCGCUGGAAGAGGCCAUGGCACAAAUAACGCAGUACUUCAAGUCUACUGAGCCUGCGUCUGCUGGUGCGGGAGGUGCACAUGCCUCGACAACCGAUCAAUUAGCAUCAAUACCUGAUCCUGCCCAGGCAGCUCCGGAGGCGACACAAGUCGUAGCAGGCGAGACUGUUCGUAACGAUGAGCCUGAUCCAGAGCCAAUGGAAGUCGAUCCGAAACCGGCUGCGCAGCCCGUACAAGAGCCCCAAGUAUCUACAGAGAACAAUGCGACCGAGAGCGUGGAGAAUAUUUCGCCGGCUGCAGCGUUGGCUGCAGCAACAUCAACAGCGUCGUCUGCACCUGCAGAACCUACUCAAUCCCAUGCACCAGCCCCCCAAACCUCGUCACAGCCAUCAGAACAAUCUCGCAACGUCCAGAUCUUUUCUGCGCCAACAUCGUCAACUCCACAAGCAGCGCGAAAUGCCUUCAACGAAAGUGAUUACCUUCCCACCAUCGAGCAUGCAAAGGCACAUCAAAACGCGUUGUUAGGCAAAACACGGAACACGAGGCUGCUGUCCGACAAAGAGUUGGAGGAGCAAGAAAAGGAACGACAGGCCAAGAUCGACGCGGCAGCCGAAAAGGGUGGUGCACUUCGCAUACGGAUGCCGGACGGUGCGCUCAUUCAAAUGAGCUUUAACAAGAAUGAUACUGCAGUUGGUCUGUACGACUUCGUUCGUGGGUUUUUGGAGAAGAAGAAUGAACCCUUUCAGCUCAAGAACACGAGUCCAACCGGUCGUCUCGUCCUCAUUCCACAAGACAACAAGCGUUUAGUGCAUGAUCUUCGUUUCUUCAACAACGAGCUUAUCACUUUCCAAUGGGCCGACAAUGCUAGCGCUGAGGUGAGGGCAAGCCGGCAUACUCUUUCGCAGGAAUGGCAAGCGAAGGCUCAGGCGCUCAAAGUUGAAGAGCCAGUACGAGAGGAAAAGGCUCAACCCCAGGCUUCCCAGGGUCAGACAGUCGCGGAAGGCAAGCGUAAGGCUAACAUGAGUAAUGAAGAAAAGGAAAGCAAGCUGAAGAAUCUGCUUGGAAAGGGUUUGUUCAAGAAGAAGUAG